CUUCUAGCUGCUUCUAUUUCACUUAGUUUUGUUUACGUUCAUACUCAAUGUUUUUUAAGUGAAAUUAUUUAUAUUUUGCACAAUGUCCAAUGAUAAACGCACUAUCUACGUAGGUGCAUUAGCCGAUGAAGUAACUGAGAAGCUAUUGAACGAUGCAUUCAUUCCUUUCGGCGAUAUUGCCGACAUACAAAUGCCUGUCGACUAUGAAUCACAAAAGCAUCGUGGAUUCGCCUUCAUCGAAUAUGAAAUGUCCGAGGAUGCGGCUGCAGCGAUAGACAAUAUGAACGACUCGGAACUUUGCGGCCGCACGAUACGUGUAAAUCUGGCUAAGCCGGUGCGCAUUAAGGAGGGCAGUUUCAAACCUGUCUGGGCGGACGAUGAUUGGUUGCAAAAACAUGCCGGCGCAACAUUAAAAGGAGAUGAGACAGAAAUACCUGAAAGCGGCGCUAAUGCAGAGGGUGGAGAGGAAACUUUCAGCAAACCGAGUGGGCCCGCGGUUAUCGAAAAAGCGGAACAACGCAACCCACAAGUCUUCUUUGAUAUACGUAUCGGUGGUCAUGAUGUCGGACGCAUUAUAAUGCUGCUGCGUGCAGACGUGGUGCCAAAAACGGCGGAAAAUUUUCGCGCGCUAUGCACCCAUGAGCAGGGCUUCGGCUACAAGGGCAGCACCUUUCAUCGAGUCAUAACAGAAUUCAUGUGUCAAGGUGGCGAUUUUACAAAUAACAACGGUACUGGCGGAAAGUCUAUAUAUGGCAAGAAGUUCGCCGAUGAAAAUUUUACGCUCAAGCACAAUGGUUUUGGUACUUUAUCAAUGGCUAAUUCGGGGCCCAACACUAACGGUUCACAAUUCUUCAUCUGUACGACGAAAACUGAUUGGUUGGACAAUAAACACGUCGUUUUCGGCCAUGUAAUCAGCGGCGCCGACGUAGUACGAAAGAUGGAACGCUGCGGCAGCAAAUCUGGCGCAACAACACAGAAAAUUGUGAUUUACUCAUGUGGAGAAUUGAAAUAAACACAGAAAAUUUAUUUAA